AUGCGACGAAGAUUUCUGGAUGCCAUGGCUUUAGUUCAAGAUGAUGGGAGGCAUGAUAUAUUCCUUACAAUGACGUGCAACCCAAAAUGGAAAGAAAUCGAUGAUGAGUUAUUGCCUGGACAGUCAGCUCAAGAUCGACCGGACCUUGUUGCAAGAGUUUUUCAUGCUAAGUUAGAGGAUCUCAAGGUACAGUUAUUCCAGAGACAUAUAAUCGGUGUGGUGGGGUCAUAUGUGUAUGUGAUAGAGUUUCAAAAGCGUGGAUUGCCACAUGCACAUUUCCUCUUAAUAAUGACACCUGGAUAUAAGAUGAAUAAUCCAGACGAUUAUGACAAACUGGUGUGUUCGGAAAUUCCCGACCCAAUAAGAUGGGUGGCUCCAUACAAUCCAAAGUUGUUAAUGAUGUUUAAUUGUCAUAUCAACGUUGAGGUUUGUUCGAGUAUAAAUUCUGUGAAGUACCUCUUCAAAUAUGUUUAUAAGGGCCAUGACAAACAAGUUAUCCAUAUUGAUAAAGACCAAGAAAAUAUUGUUAUUAAUGACAUACAAAAGUUUCAAGACGCACAUUAUGUAUCCCCUCCUGAGGCAUUAUGGAGAGUUUUUAGCUUUCCUCUUUCACAAAUCCACCCUUGUGUGAUGGCCUUGCAAAUACAUCUCCCGAAUCAACAGUUGGCUAGGUUCAAAGACGGUGACAGAAUGGAAGACAUUGUUGAUAGGGAGAAAGGAAAAAAUUCAAUGUUGACGACAUUUUUCGAGAAAAAUAAAGAAGAUUCCAAUGCGAGAAAAUAUUUGUAUAAGGAUUUUCCCAAACAUUUUACAUGGAAUCGGAGCAAACAUUGUUGGAGGACCAGGUUACAUAAAUCAAUGAUUGGUCGACUUGUUUAUGCUAAUCCAGCUGAAGGAGAGAUACUACCUACGCCUGCUUUUAUGUCAUAUUACUGGGCCUACCUGCUUUAA